AUGAGGAUCCGCACACCUCAGCUGAAAAUUAUUUUGGCUCAGGCGAUUUACGACAAUGAAGCUGAUUUUCCUACGGAACUGUCAUUCCAGAAGGGAGACGUCGUUGCUGUACUCAAAAGCGAUCCGGAAGGUUAUGAAGGCUGGUGGAUUUGUAGCUUGGAAGGACGCAUAGGGAUAGCGCCUGCUAACCGACUUCAAAUACUGGGUGUUGUACAACGAAACGAACAGAGUUCAGAUGAGCACUUAUAUGAUGAUCCCACCGAGUGGUUUCGUUUCACCGAAGUGACACAUGAUGCCAUGCAAUCCCCUGCCACACCAUCUGCACACAGAAGGCCGCCUUCAGAGACAGGAACUAGCUGCACAUCCGGACGCACGAAUGUUUCAAGCUUUGCUCAUGAAUUUCGCGACCAAUCUGAUGUGAAUAACAGAAAGAUAGACAUUCGAAGUCCGAUCAACAAUCAGCACACCGACGGCUUUGAGAAAACCCACAGCGAUCAUGGUUUCGGCGAUAUGCACCAUAACGAAACAACUGUGAAUACCCGUGUACUGGUGGAAUCUAACAGUGGAAGCAGCAAAGGAAGAUUUGUACCAAAACGUUCUAAAUGAAUCCGUACCUAAACGUCAACUACCAACAGUUUUGCAUCCCUGAGCAUAUUGUACAUGAAGCGACGAGCCAUUCCUUUGUGGACAUAUUUUCUCAG